UUGAGAAAACUGAUGGAGCUAAAGAUGAUUUUAGUGGUCAUGAUGCUACUAGCAAUCACUUGCACUGUACAGUCAGCAGGGAAUUGCGAUAUUUUAAAACACCAGGACAGCCGCUUUGAAAGCUUUUGUUAUAUUCAUCCAGGAUUUUUGGGAGCAGUCAAGAAUAUAAACCUCUAUGCUCAGCAAUGCAGGGUUAAGGUGGUAAUUACAAGUUCCUUCAGGAAAGACAAUGGAAAGAAACUAGUAGGCGCCGUGUAUAAACCUGCAAAACGCAGCAACCAUUUCGUGGGUCACGCUAUCGACAUGAAUUUGACAGACGGGAAUCAUUUCUGCAAUUCGAGUUGUCUGCGCGACGAGAAGAACCACCCCAAAGGAGUCAAGUGCUUUAUCCAAAAGAUCAAGCAAGAUGCAAGCCUUCGCUGGGGGGGUGUCUUCUGGAAACCAGAUCCAGUUCAUAUCGAUGAUAAACUCAACUACAAAAAUGAGGCAGAGUACAAUCGACUUUUCCAGUCGCUUCAAACUAACUGUAAACAUCUUCCAGUGAGGGGCUGAGCAGUAUAAAGCAUGACGGGAUGAGAUAAAGUCUGACUCGAAUUUAAACAGUAGUGUAAAUGUUUGUCACCCCGAACAAAAACCUUUGCGUCCUGCCCAUAACCUGAGCAUCCAUGAUGAACUCGAUUCAU